CCGGCGGCCCGGUGCCGGUGCCGGUGCGGGCGGUGCCGCGGGGUGCCGGCGCCGCGUCCCGCAGGGCGAUGGCGUACGACGAGAGGCUGGCGCGGUUCCGGCAGGCGCACCUCAACCCCUUCAACAAGGGCCCGGAGCCUCCCGGUGGUGGCGGCGGCGGCGGGGCGGGCGAGGACGAUCCGCUGCCUCCCGGUGCUCCCCCGCUGGAUGCGGCCCGGCGGCACGAACCGGGCCGGGCGGACGGGGAGAGCUCGGAGCGGCCCAUGGACCUGGGCCUGGCGGAGGACCACUUCUCUCGGCCCGUGGGUCUGAUCCUGGCGCCCGACGUGCAGCAGCUGCGCCGCGCCAUCGAGGAGUGCCGCCGCGCCAUCCUGGCGCUGCCCGAACACUCGGAGCGGCAGAAGGACGCGGUGGUGCGGCUCAUCCACCUCCGCCUCAAACUGCAGGAGCUGCAGGACCCUGAUGAAGAGGAACCCAACAUCCGUGUGGUGCUGGAGCACCGCUUCUACAAGGAGAAGAGCAAGAGCGUCAAGCAAAUGUGUGACAAGUGCAGCACCAUCAUCUGGGGCCUCAUCCAGACCUGGUAUACUUGCACAGGGUGCUACUAUCGGUGCCACAGCAAGUGCCUGCCCCUGGUCACCAAACCCUGCGUCAGGUCCAAGGUGAGCCACCAGGCCGAGUACCAGCUCAGCAUCUGCCCUGAGAGCGGGCUGGACAGCCAGGACUACCGCUGUGCCGAGUGCCGGGCCCCCAUCGCCCUCAGGGGGGUGCCCAGUGAGGCCCGACAGUGCGACUACACCGGCCUCUACUACUGCAGCAGCUGUCACUGGAAUGACCUGGCUGUCGUCCCCGCCCGUGCCAUCCACAACUGGGACUUCGAGCCCCGCAAGGUGUCCCGCUGCAGCAUGCGGUACCUGGCGCUGAUGGUGUCGCGGCCCGUGCUGAAGCUGCGGGAGAUCAACCCUCUGCUCUUCAACUACGUGGAGGAGCUGGUGGAGAUCCGGAAACUGCGCCAGGACAUCCUGCUCAUGAAGCCAUACUUCAUCACCUGCAAGGAGGCAAUGGAGGCACGGCUGCUGCUGCAGCUGCAGGACCGACAGCACUUUGUAGAGAACGACGAGAUGUACUCGCUGCAGGACCUCAUUGACAUCGAGGCUGGGCGCCUGAGCUGCUCCCUAACUGAGAUCCACACCCUCUUUGCCAAGCACAUCAAGCUGGACUGUGAGCGUUGCCAAGCAAAAGGCUUUGUGUGUGAGCUUUGCAAGGAGGGCGAUGUGCUUUUCCCCUUUGACAGCCACACCUCAGUGUGCACUGACUGCUCUGCCGUCUUCCACAGGGACUGCUACUACGACAACUCCACCACGUGCCCCAAGUGCGCCCGGCUGAGCCUGCGCAAGCAGUCCCUCUUCCAGGACUCUGUGGCCGAGGCAGAGCCCUAAGUGAGGGCCCAUCUCCACAGCCACCGGGGCCCCGCGAUGGACAGAUGGCCACGAAGGCUGCCCUGCAAACUUCAGUUCUGCCACUCACGUGGGGCCAGGACUUGUGCUGGGCGGGGGUCCUGCACUUUGCCACCUGCAGCCACAUUAUGUGGGCGAGCAUGCUGGCAGAGCCGGAGGAACGGGCUCUUCCAGGAAGGGCGAGGGUGCCUCUAUGGGGCUGAGGUUUCCACGUGCUCCCAAAGGGCUGGGCAUGGUGUCUUCGGGAGAACCGGGGGGUCCUACCCUGGUGGGGCUGCCGGCAGCCACCACGUGCAGAAAUGUGCUCUGGGUGAACACUACCUGGUUGGAUGCUGCCGGUCUGGGGGGAAAGCAUCUCUUCUUCCUCCCCUGCAUUAUGGGACGCAUUAGAACACUGAAGGCCGGGGCUGAGGGAUGCUGGGGGGGGGGGUUUAAGGGCAGUGCUAGUGUGUGACACUACGUCAGGGGUGGGGCACACCACUGCCUCUGCUUUUGCAAUUGCUCACUGCUGCUCGCGGGAGCCCCUACUGCACAUGCUGUCCCCCAACACCACUCCUGCAACACUUGCCCGGUCUGUCGCAGCUGCGUCGCCUCUUUGCACAGCGCCGCAGUCACAAUUCUGCCCUGGGGCUGCUCCUGGAAGAGGGGGGUAGGGCUGAGGGAGCUUUGGUGGGCACUGUGGAAGCAAUGGGAUGGGCUCUCAUGGAUGAGGUCUGGCUCUGCCCCAGUGCCAGCUUCCCCGCAUCCCUCCUCCUAGCUUUCCCUAUGCUCAGUUCUGCUCCUGCAGAGGCUCCCCACAUCCCCCCUCCC